UUUGUAAUUGCAGACGGGGCUUAUCCAAGAGAAUAUGACAUCACUUUCCCGGAACGCGUUGAUGGCAGGCUGGAAAAAAGGGAUUUAUCAACAUCUGAAAAGGUCUUUUGAAGACAAAUGCUUUGACAGUCAUUUGAACAUUAUUUUAAUAAUACUUUUUUAAUUCUCUGCGAGAAGGGUGGAAAUCAAACGCGUUCAGUUCUGAUGAUUCCUAGUUUAAUAAAUAAAAGAAUAGAGAAACUGCUCCUGCCAAACAUUUAAGAUACAUGGAAACGAUAUUGUUCAAAACAUUUUCUGCCAAGCAAAAUUCAGGAACUCAGGAUUUCUAGUUCUGUUUGAUCGGAGUUUAUUUCAUAAAACGUUAUUAAUAAUUGAUGCGAACAAAAAAAAUUGACCAAUCAGAGAGUUCAUAAGAUUCUGGCCGAGCGGAACUACCUAUUGCUUUAAAGUCCUUCGUGCGUUCUUCGGAACGCACUAUCCUUGAAUGUACUAUCCUCAACGACCAAGAUGAUCAACUGUUAAUUAACACUUGUGAGGUGGGCACCGCAUGACAAUACUACGUUAUUUUAGGGAGGUCACGUGGAUGAUGCCUCUUACCAGUUGACUGCCUUUGACAAGGACUGGACCCUAGAUGUGAAGAGAAAUAAGUAUGUUCCAUUUCAUCAUAUAACUGCUGCUAAAGCCUGAUAAUGAUUCAGGUGUCUCUGUUUCAUCCAAUGCUUUUCUACAGUUCUCUAAGCUCACAAAAGCCCAGGGCCGGUUUGUUCAAAGCUGGGUUAAGAUAACCCAGGGUUAGUGUGAAAUCUGGUUUGAGAUCUGAAAGCUAUAAGAGAAAAUUCGGUCUUAUUAUCUUUGUCCAAAAUUUGAUUAUUGGAUGCUCCAAAAAGAAGGGAGAACUUUUUCCCAAAAAGGCAUAUGAAAAAGAAAUACAGAAACCUGGAUUUGAAUUUAAUGCUGGGGUAGCGCUCAUCGACCUUCAAACAACUGGGCGUUGAAUAAGAAACUUGAUUAUUUUCUGUAAGUUACAAGUAUGGUCACAAAUGCUCAGAAAAACAAAUUUUACGCCCAAACCCAAAAGAAGAUGCUAACGUCUUCUCUACUUCUCUUUGUUUGAACGUCCAGCAUAUUGUGAGACAGAGACAAUUUCCGAAAAAAAUUCAAACUCUAUUGCAGUUAUAUUAGGUUACACUUUGGCAAACAAAUAUUAACGAUUCAAAAGAAGCAAAAUUAAAGAAGCUUAAGUAAACAUACAAAAAGUUUAUUUAUUUCUGGGACAAAUUCCAGUUAACUUUUAAAAAGUCUAAACGUCUUUAAUUUCUCAAAAAAGCAAAACUUUAUUCAAUGUCUUCAAAUAUUCAAAAUAUUUGUCUCAGUAUCUAUCUUUACUUCCAAAUCGUUAUCAUUAGAAUUAUUACAUUCUUUUUUAAAAGUAUGGUUCUGUACUCCCUCAAAUCUCACAUUCAAGCAUGUUAACUCAACUAGAGGCUGACUCCAAAUCUUUCCAGUCAUUCAGCUUCCAGGCUCUUCAUUUGUACAAUUUCUCGGACUGUUUGUUUUAAUUAUCUUUUAGUGUUGUAAAUCUGUAAUGUGUUAUUACUAUGUUAUUGUUAUUGUUAUUGUUAUAAUGAUUGCUAAUUUAUCAGUUUCUUUAUAAAAAAGGAUUUCCCUAUUACUUUUUUUUGCUUUAAUUAUCCCACAGAGAACUUAUUUCUCCAUCAUUUGCCGUUCGCACGUUUGCUAGCGAUGGUUCAGAAGUGAUUCAAGAGGUGAUUUGCUGAGAAAUUGUUUUAAAAGUCUUAAUAUUAUCUGUCAUCACAAACAUACCACUAGCAUCUCUUUAGCACUGCCAUGUAAAGAAAGAUUACUUUGGCAAUACUAACUAAUCAAACUGGCAUCCCUACCAGGUGCAAAAGGGUUUAAAGUUUAAACAGUUUGCAAAUAUCUUACCAAAACUAUCUUACCAAAAAGAUCGUCACGCUGUUCUUUCAAGAAUGGAGAGCUGUUUAUCAAAAGAGAACUGCAAACUCAAUCUAUCAUGGACACAUUCCGUUCACGUUGAAGUUGUUAGGUACUACGCUCAUUGAUAUUUUUUCCCUCAGUGUCUUUUUUCUUCUUUUUCCGAUCUUUUUCAGGGGGGUUCUGAUCAUUGCCACUAUCAAGGGUCCAUCCGGGGCUCGAAAGAUUCCACCGUUGUACUAAAUACUUGCUCGGGACUGAGGUAUUUUUAUUAUUUAUAGAUAUUUUCUUUUAAGUUUCGAGAAGAUAUCAUCAAUAACUUUUAAUAUAAGUUGCAUUCAUGAAUGAAAAUCUGGGAGCGAUGCCUCGAAAAACUAGCUUAGGUUGCUGUGUGAGUCACUCAAGAGUAAAGACAAACCAGUAAAGCAAUGGGAAAGCACGAUCGCCCAUUGGAGGAUGGUCUUUGAAGGACUGUUGUCGAUGUCACAUCAGAUUCAAUUGCCUAUGAUGAUGGCUUACGCAUAGGUUGUCAAAGUGCACGAGAAAAGUCUAAAGAAGUUCUUGCGUUGAAAGAACACACAAGCAGCUGAUCAUGAAGGAUGAAGGAAGAAUAAUUUUUUUUCCGUAAGAAAGUACGAAUUGUUUUCCUUGUGAGACAUGACGAAGUUACGAGUACAACUGCAAACCGAAAAUAGCCGUUUCGAGGUUUUGAUCAGAGUUUGCACUUCUUUGGUUUGGAGAGUUGGAUAACGUAGCGGAUAUUUCACAAACAUUUUCCUAAGUAGGGCCGGGGAGAAAAGAAGUUCUUUUUUGAAUCCUCGGAUUAUAUUAAAACUGCGGACAGAACUCUUACGUUAAGCCCUCACCCGCACAAUCCAAUCACACGAUUUUUACCAUCAUAUUCAGACCACUAACUUAAAGUAAAAGCAGAGUAAAGGAACUAAUUUACAAACGUGGAUAUUCCUGGCUAGCUUCGAAUUACCAUGAGUCAUACCCAGCUAUAACAGUAGAUGAAGAAAAUCUUAUAAUUUCUUUUGACAGAGGGCUCAUAGAUGAUGGUGAAGAUACAUUUUAUAUAGCACCCGAGUCGGGAAAAAGAGUAAGUCUUGUUAUUGGAAUUAAGAUUUUAAUCUAAUGAAACUUAAAAAAGUGAAUUUUACAAUUGAUUCUUAUUUGUGAUUUAAAGAUAGAGUACAAAACUUCGAUUACUAAUUCUAUUCGUGAUCAAACUUCUUUAUAGGAAACUGGGGCCCACAAAGUGGUCUGGGCGAGGCAAGACGAAGCCACUCGAAUUCGUAAUAACUGCGGUAGGGUUAUACACGGAAUGAGAAAUGUUGUAAAAAAAAAAGGUUGAGCUCAUCUCAAAGCAUUCAUAUUCUAAUAACGUUGAUUGAGGUUUAAAUCAGUUCUGAGGAACAUCAAUGUCAGUUUCCUGCGGCCAUAGGUAAAAGAUUUCUUUGAUUUGAAUAGCACUCUCACAUGUUGCCACGUGCCCUCGGGCACUGUACGUAAAGUUGAUGACUAAUGUUAUAAGGGUCAAAUGCGCCUUCAACCAAGAUUUUGCACAGUCCUAACUGUAAAGACACAAGCACAUUCUGACAUAGAGAGGAAACCUUUUGCUCGUUCUUCUUUUAUUUGUAAUGAAAGAGUCUCAAGAGCUGUAUUCAUUUUAGCAAGGCUCGUUCCUAACAUGAAUUUUUGGUCGUAUUUUCUUUACCUCAGGGAACAAAGCAACUCACGCGGAUUCCCAUUAUUCAGAUGAAAAGUCAAGGCCAUUUUCUAGGGUAAAAUGCUGAUUAUGAUUUUCCUGUUAUUAAGUUUUAGAUUUCUGUAAGUUCUGUAUAGCAAAGAAUCAGUGGAUGAAGUGCAUGAAAAAUUUAAAUUAGAUUAAGUGUUUUCUGCGUUUUCAUUUUACUAAUAGGUAAGAAGAAGCGUUUUGGGUGACAUUGAUGAAUUCUACAAACCAUUUCUGACAACAAACGAGACACGAUACAAUGAAGUGCUUAUGGUUGUUGAUUUUGGAAUGGUAAGUAAAGGAUGAUAACCAUUUUGACUCCAAAUUAUCUGGUCGAAAUGUAUCCUCCAGCUGCCAUAAAUUUUCUAGCUUUUACUACUUGAGACAAUUAGGUGUUAGUUCAUACUGUUUCCUAUACAUUUCCUAUGGUCCUACAAAAGAUAAAUUAUCAAGAAGUUUUUAAAAGAACGAUAAUUUUCUUUGUUCUCACGACCUUGAAGAUUAAUCCGGGGAGUAAAACUUCAGAGAGAAAAUAGCUGUUAGUGUCUCUUAAGAGUUAAUACGAUGAAACUCUCAAACAGCCAAGUGUUUUUCAUCUCCUUGCCUUGUUUUUUUCAUACUGUUAUGGUUGUAAACACUCCUUUGACAUACGAAAGUGAGAGUUUCAUCAUAACAUUCCUAAUGAAUUAAAAAUAUCAGAACCUUUUCAGAAAGAUGUUUAAUAUAUAAUGAUACUUUAAUGAACAGUAUCCUUGGAGUUUCACGGUUAAAACCUCGUUUAAAUGUUUAAUUCUUCUGCAUCAGAUUCAGAAUUUACUAGGGGCUUUUCGAUUUUUAUUUUUCAGUACCUGAAAUACAAUAAUGACACCGAUGUCAUUAAAGAUCGCGUUAUAACACUGGCAAAUGCUGUUGAUGCCGUGAGUAUACAGUUUUAAAAGCAGAGAUUCCAAUAUAGACAUAGUCUUUCAAAGAUAGAAUGAAGGGGGGGGGGUGCAGUGAAGAGGGGGAGAGGGGUGAGGAGGGAAGGAACCGAAAAAGUUGCAAGCUUCUUUUUUAGCAGUUACCACACGUCUGACAGUAUGGUGGUUAAAAAUAAUAAAAAAGGGCUUUCCAGUUGAUUGAGAAAGUGGCUUCCCAUUUAGUUAUGGUACAGGUCUGCCAUUUAUUUUUUAAAGCGACUCACUCUUCGAAGAUCAGGAUGUUAGAUUCACUGAAGCUCUAUUUUACUAACCCUGAGUCAAUAUUCAUCUUCUGGAAUAUAAAGCCAUUCCCCUCGUCCCUGGGGGAGAACAGCAUCAAUCGAAUCAGUUUAGCGGAGUGUCUAGCAUGUCCUGAUUAAUUUUCCUCAUUCAGAUUUAUCAGCGGAUAAAUAUCAGGGUCGUGGUAAAGGGGCUGGAAAUUUGGACGAAUGGCGAAGCUUUUGAACGUCAAAAGACAGGAGGAGCCGACCUUAGUCGCUUUAACACGUAUCGAAAAGAAAUAUUGGAAAAAACAAUUCCUCAUGACAACGCCCAAUUAUUGAGGUAAGAAACCCUCAGUUCCUGUUAAUUCAAAGAUUCCAAACGACUUAGGGAUUAAAAAAGUCGCUAUUGAGGGAGUUUCUUGCGAAUUAAAAACUACAUUGAUCAAGAUGUUCGUUUCAAAGACAAUGAUUACUUGUAUUAAUUGAUUUUAUUGACUUAAAUGUGAUCAUGUGUAAACUUGUCAUCAACCACGGCCACUUCCUCGACCUACCCCGGCUUCUUCUCUGGUAAAGAUCUGGGGUACCUCCAGUUAUGUAUAGAUGACAAAAAAUUUUCUAAUUGAUGAAAAAAGUAGACUUAAGAAAAAAAUCCCAAAAUGAUUUAGUCUAAACAAUUGAUUAAGGCCUGGUUUUGACAAAUAUCCAGCAUGCUGAUUUUAAUAUCUGUCCUGAGGUUUCUUAAAAUCUCCUGUCAUGUUUGAAAAAGAGGAAAACUGAAGCACGCAGCGUUUAAAAAAUUACUGUAAUGGCAGCCGAGUAUAAUCUUUUUUAAAUAAAGCAAAUAAAAUUUACACAGCCCGAGGCUAACUAUUAAACCACAAUACUUAAUACGGUUGCCAUGGUUAUAAUAAGUUAGUAAAUCAAAGACAAUUUCUUGGAUGCAAAAAGGAUGAGUUUUUUUCAAAAGUAACUUUAAAAAACUGAGCCGCUACUUUUAAAGGCCUAAAACGCACAAGCUACAAUUAACGAGUCUAAUUCAAUACAGUAGGAAAUAAAAUUAUAUGGUCUUUCAGGCCACAAAAAAAAUCGGAUUCUUUUUACGUAGCUUAUAAAAAUUUGUCGUUAUUCAGUAGAGGAGCUGCUUCGAGUUGCCCUCUUCUUUUUGGUUUCAGCGACUGGAGCUGGUCUGACUGUGCUGGCAUGGCAUUCGUGAUGGCGAUGUGUGGCUCUGUUUCAAGUGGUGUUAAUAACGUAAGCUAGAAAAAAAAGGAAAAAAAAAAUUAAAAUUGCCACACUGUUUGUCAACAAAUAUGAAUGAAAAUCAUAAGAAAGACUACCCUUUCAACCUGGAUAGCAAAUACCUCAACAAAAACGGCAUUACAUGUUUGCUUAUUCGGGUUUUGUGAUAAAAACAAAGUUAGUGGAAUCAAUUUGCACUUAUGGCAUAAAUUAAAAUUUUAAAAAUGCGUAACAUUAUGUUUGUCAAAAAAUAUAAAAUGAAAAACGGACAAAGAAAAAAAACCAAUUUUUUAAGAAGAACCAUAUUGGAUAGCUGCUGUUUGUCUUAAACUGACACCAGUUGUUCAACUUUACUAUUCUAGUGGGACUAUGGAAGUAUCAUUGGCCCUUACGUGACUGUUGCUCAUGAAAUGGGUCACAACUUUGGAUUCAGCCAUGACACAGGUAGUGAUAGACCCAUGUGACUGAGUUCCGUAUUCGAUCUCAGGAAACACGAGAUUGCACUCCACGAUUACACGAAGAGUUCUCUGUAUUAUUCACAGGAAAAAAACUUGAAAGAAAACUUAUUUGUUGUUGUCUUUAUCCAUUCAUUUAUUUGAUUAAUAAUCUAUUUUUACACAAAUUUUAUAUUUUCACAAAUUUACAAAUUACCAGUGUUGUUUAACCUGUAGAGAGUAAAGAACAUUGUUAGUCUAAUUAUUAUACCUAAUUUUGAAAAACGCAUUUACCAGGUCAAACACAUCCUUUUUUGUUUGAGUUUUCUGUUAUUUGCUUAUUGUAACGUAUUAUCUGGUAAAAUUCCGUAGUGCAAACCCAUAAAUGAAUUUACAACUAAGUGGUUAUUCACAAGAUUGUCUGCACUUUUCGUUAAGUUAUCGAAAAUAAUUUGUUCUUUUCGCAGGAAGCUGUAAGUGUUUGACCCCAAGAGGUUGCAUCAUGGGCGGUCACAAGUAUGUUUUUUUCUCUAAUAUUUGUAAUACAACUUUGCACUAGAUGUAGAUGAAUAUGCACUCGUUUUCGACCGAUCAAAAGCGUUUUUUUUUCUGUAUAUUAUUAGCAUGAAUAUGUGCAUGCUAUUUCGAAACAUGAGACGAGUGUUCAGUCAACAAUACUUUUAAUUUCUCUGGUCAUUGUUUUGAUCAUUGGCCACAGAUAAAUUCGGUAGUACAUGGUGAAAAACCGUAAGCAAAUGCAUUUGGAAUAAAACAGGCGUCUUUGGCAAGUUACAUGACUCAUUCCAAAAUCUUUUGAUUGGGCGUUCCAGAACCAAAACCAAGCUGUAAACCACAAGCAGCCAUCUUGAGGCAAACAUUGCAAAGUUACUAACACCGUUCUUACCUCGUCAGUACUGCUAUCGGGGUUACUUUGAGAUAGACGAAAAUCACGUGAUAGGAAAAAAUGGCGAUUUUCCCAUGGAAGAAGUACCACGAAUCACAUUGAGCAAAAAUAGCAAGGAACUCAAACGUAAUUAAUUCCUCCAUUCGUGUAGUUAAGGCUGACUAAAAGGGUAUUGCAAGUUUUUCGGGCUAAUCACAGAGAUAUACAAUUUGGCUUGCAGGACCAGAGUUGCAGGAUUCUCUAACUGCAGUUUGACUCAGCUUCAAAAACUGAAUGACUGGUGCUUAUAUAACGUGCCAUCGUACAAGGUAAACAUUUUGAUUUCAAGAACGAGUAUUAACCAAAGUAAUAGAGCGAUCAAAUGUUAUAUUAACCAAACUUCAGCCUUGAAACAUACACAGCGUUAAGUCAACAGGUUUGUUGGUGUCAGAGGUAUUUAGGUGACAUUAUACCCCGUCAGUGUUUGCCAUUUUUUACCAAAUCGACGCAGUUGUAAAGUGUAUCUAUCCAACUAAAACUUGUUCUAGAUAAAACAAUAUAAAAAGAUUGAUUCGCCAUUACCUAUCUCAUGCAAUAACUUCAAUGUGUAAUCAAUACAUAGAAAGAUGACUUUCAGUUUCGUUUGACAUUCUGUUUUUCAAGUCUGCUAACGGUUAUUGCGGAAAUGGAAUUCGCGAAGAAGGAGAAGAAUGUGACUGUGGCACUCCGGAGGUUUGUUAAGUUACAUUUUUAUAAUUUAUUUUUCAUUGCUUUGAUUUUUCUAUUUUGUUUUCCUUGGUCAUUUUCUAUGUAAUGUAAGGAUGAUAGCGAUUACAAUGAAAAAAUAAAACAAAAUAAUAAAAAAGAGGGAGCAAAGGACAACGAUUUUGGAAAAAUUGUUAAAAAACACUUUUAAAAGUUCUAAUUCUUUUUAGAUGUCUCUCGAAUAUUAUUUAAUGAACGAAUUUUGGAACGAGAAGUGGUGAUACUUUUGGCUCUAAUAACGAUGAAGAGCCGCGCUUAAGGCUUAAACUGGAGACUAUACUAUCACAUGAGUAAGGUUGAAAUAUUAUUUAAACACAAUUCAGUCAAUGUCAGGUCAAUUCCUAUAUUUCAAGUCACUAGAAUAAGUCUAACUUAGUUAAUAUGAUCCCGCCUGUCUGAAAACGGAUCGUAAGAUUGUUUGUUUUUGACGAAUGUAGCUAAAAAAGAUCAUCAUUGAAAGAACUCGAUAACGAUAAUCUUUUCACGCAAUAAGGUAACGAAUCUAACAAUAAAUUCGUCUUCGCCCAGCCUUAAGCUCCGACUCUUAGUUUUUAAUUUACUCAAUUCAGUUUAGUUCAAUUCAGCUAAUUACUGUUAUACAGUCCAAGAGUUUUGACUUACGAACGUUGAUUAGUUAAUUAAAGUUCUAAAUCGACGCAAAAAAGUAAAAGUUUUUUUUCGAUGAAUAAGGAAAGAUUCAUUAUUUUCCUCAGAUGUGUGAGUUAAAAGAUCCCUGUUGUCAACCCUACAAGUGUGUUCUCAAAAGGGAAUCACAGUGCAGUGACCUACAUCAUUCAUGCUGCGAAAACUGCCUGGUAAAUAAUGUAAUGUAGUAUAAGCUCAAAAUAAAUUCAAUUUUUUCUAGGAAGCUGUCAAUUUUGACUGCAUUAGAUAUAACGAUUUCUGAUUAAAUUUUAAUGUAAAUUCUCUGAGAGUACACACCAUUGGUUCUAGGGAACUUAAAUAGUUUAGAAUUUCUUUUCACCCUAAUCUGCCCGCCUGUGGAACUUCGCUCGUUUGAUUCAAGGACGCAAACGAUACAGGGACAGGAGGAGCCGGGAAUUUCAAGCGAAAAUGAAACCUCUUUUUUUCGCAUUUUGGUUUUUUUGCUUUUUUGUUUCCAGAAGAAACAUUUCCCCGGAACUAGGGCCAGAUAAAUUAUGCUGGUUGAAUUUUGGGCAUAAUAUUAUAGUCAUAAAAUCUAAUUUUUUUAAUUGAAAAGGAUUUUUAAAAUGUUUCAGGGUUAAAUAACAAUAUUUUUGGUUUUUUUUUGUGGUUUGUUUUUCGUCUUUGCGUGAAGCGAUCACUAGGCUAUAACAACACGGUUUUUUGUGAUCAGAGGGACUACUAUCUUUUCGACAUUUGGCAAAAAUAAAAGCUUUAAGGAAAAACGUUUCUCCAAAUUAUUUUAAAUGAGUGCCAAGUUACAUGUGUAAACGUUAUAGUCAUCACCUUUUACUCACUUAUCUUUAGUUUAAGAAACAAGGAUCGUUGUGCCGUGAAGUCGAAACAGAUUGUGAUGUUCCAGAAUACUGCACCGGUGAUUCUGGCGAUGUAAGUAUAGCUCUAAGAAAUGCAUUAACUUUGGACUUUUUCACACCACAUUUAUGAAUGACCCGGCAAUUGCAUCCCGCAGGGGCGAUUAGACAAGAUAUCCAAGUUUGUCCGCAGGGGAUUUUUUUUGAUUAAUGUUUGAAAUGAGUUCUGUUUUAUUUUACAGUGUCCAGGAGAUACAUACAUAAUUGAUGGAUACCCCUGCAAUCAGACCAAAACAGUGAGUGAACCCCGCGUUUACCACUACUCAGCCUUUUGACCCAUAAGAUUGACUUGAUUUAAAAUUCUUGAUUCUAUAUUCUUCUUACAGCAUCCUCCCUGAAUCAAACAUUAAGGUCACAAGAGUAAAGAAAUAAAUUACGUUCGCGAUUGUUAAAAAAUUAUUCUUGUUAAACAUCAAAAAAUGUAAAAGAAUGGAGAAUUAAUGAAUGCUGAUGUUGGGAAGUAAAGGGUUACAGAGUGUAGCAUGUGCAGCAGCGUGUCAUUUCUGCAUUAGUGAAUUUCUUCAUUGCAGUAAUGUUUAGAGACGUGAGAAGUGAGAGGUGAUGAACAGGAGUUAUAUAAACACAUGUAGUGAAAGUUCAAACUGUGUUGCAGGGACUUGACUGCAAGCAGAUUCUAGUUUGCAAAUUUGUAAUAUAUUCCUUUAUUUGCUCUGUCUUGCACAGUAAUUAGCUGGUAGGGAAAAAUUUAUUACUGAUCAGAUAAGUUUAGCACUUGCAAAAUUUUUGUGGUUAUUAAAUGGUCAUACUAAUUCAAGUUUUCUUUAAAAUCUUUUAUUUAAGACAUGCUUGCACUGAAAAUUAUGAUAGCCUACCAUUAGUUGCUCCACGCUUUUUAUAUCAUUUUCCCUCUUUAUUUUUGUUUCGCCUUAUAUUGAAUAUUAUACUUUGCAAUUCUCUCUUUGACUACAUUUUGUCCCCAAAUAUCAUUUACUAAUCUGGGCAUGGAAUGAUGGGUUUAUUAAUGUUAUGUAUGUUAAUUUCAUUGAUCAUUAAUUGCAGCUAAUUAAUGCGAUGACCAUUAUAUUUUUAUAAAGGUUAUACUUGGAAACACUAACUAUUAUAGUGUGGAAAGUAGACCUCUCUCUCCAAGAGUCAAUGCUCGAUAUCUUCGUAUCAAUCCUCAGUACUGGAAUGGUUGGCCUUGCCUGAGAACUGAGUUUCUGGGAUGUUCAACGGAUGAGGGUAAUUUUAAAGUAAUUUCAUUGCCGCACUGUAGGGAAAGUUCUUUCCCACUUGAGAUGCUCUCAACGAUGAUGAGUCAUCCUUUACCAUAGACAUAUUUUACAGCGCUUUGAAGUAAAUUAAAUUUAAAUUGUUAGCAACUAAUUUUUUUCCUGUAAAUGGAAAAAAUUGUUUUGACUUCUUUUAUUUUUCCUCGCCAGUCUCAAUUUUUGAAAAAUAUUAUGGAGUGUAUAAAAAAUAAAAUAAUAAUUUAUAGAUAAGUGAUUGAGCAAUAUUUAAUUGAUUUAUAAGUUAUCCAAACCUUUCAUACCCAAGGUCUUAUUAGUAGUUUUAAUCACUGUCUGUCAUGCAAUUCUUAUGUUGUUAGUCUGUUGAAUUUGGUAUUGAAUCAACCAACAAUCCCAUGAUUGACAUAUUACUUUACCCUCAUCACUUGUAUUGAUGUUGUAAGGGGAAAUUCUCUCUUGGUCACUCAUGGGAGUUAAAAGGUUGAGACGGCAAAGGUGUUCUUCUGUUUUCAAAUGUUUGAUUUCAAAGAAUUUCUGAGAUGUGGUAGGGGGAAGUACUACAGUAGAGCCUCGGUUAACCAGACUCGCAAGAACUGGGCUUAAUAGCGCACAUAAUGCAGAUUCCGGAUAGUCCAAAUAAUGAAUGUAAAAAUUCCUAGAUGAUGGGACCAGAGAAGCAAGUUUGUACUCAAAGCUGAAACAAUUCGAAAAUUAAGAGCCAAGUUAACACACUGUUUAUCAAUAAGGGUCAAUAAAAAAAAUUCAGUAACUUCAACCAGAAAUUUUGACCUAAAAGUUAGUGCUUCUAAAACCCCUCAGGAAUUUAAGCAAUAUUAGAAAAAAAUACGAAUUUUAUGAAUCGCUGAGAUCAUGUCACCAUAAAAACUCGCGUUUAGGCUACACUCGUAAAUAAUCCACUCCGCAAAUAUCAAGUAUCAAAUAUCAAGAGUGAUUUUGAGGAAAAAUACAGACUUGAUUGUUUAUUGACAGUUGUUCAUGAUAAACUUGCUGAGAUCUGACGCUGUGUAUGCGCAGCGACCUCAAUAAGUUAGCAGCUAACACGCCAAUGAUAUGGUUUUAUAAAACCUUGUUUUUGAUUUGGCGUUAUGUUUAUGGAUUUCUGGCAAUCUUAUGACACUCUAAAAAAUCAAGCUAUAAAUUAAUUGCCUUUGUUUUCCACAGUUGGUCCAACUGCUCCAACACCUCUAAAGUCCUAUGGUCUUGAUCUUUGUCUCACUCCAUCAAGUCAGUCUUGCUCGCCAAAUGACAACGAGCGUCUGAUAUACAAACCAGGUCAGUGCACGGAAAGUCACUUUCAGUUCACGCUUGAUGCCGAUGGGGUUUUACGUCAUAGUUGCAGUGGGAAGAUGGUCUGUCCUGAGAAUGGCGGCGAUGGUAAUGGUGCGAAGAUUGUUGUAAGCAGUGCUUGUAAAGUUGAAGAUUCAAAAUUUGAGCGAACAUCAGGUAAGAUUUAUUUACAAUGUAGUGCUUUUCCCUCGUGAAGUACCGUGAACGUCUUCAGUAAGGGGGCUCAGAAAAUGCAUCAUUCAGUUUUUUUGCGGAAGUGACACCCAGAAUCAAUUCGUAGUAUUCACAACAUACAUUAUUUCUAAGGCUUGCAAAUGUAAAUACAAAUAUAGUAAGUGUGCAGGCGCUCAGAUAUUGAUAUUGAUCCAUUUUAGUACGAGUUCUCGUCGUCUCCGUGGGAUGUUUCCGAUGGAAAAAUACAAGUGUGUCACUAUCUUUUCUUCUCUCCCUCUCUAUAUAUUUUCUUUUUUUUGACAGGACGAUCUUUGAAGCAACUAAAGAGUAACAAAUGUAUCCAUACUUAUGGAGCUUGGCCCGGCGUCGACAGACAUAUGGUAUUGUGGUCAGGAUGCGACGAAAAACGGCUAGAAAUAUGGUUUGCAAAGCAAGGUAUAUAGAGUACCGCUCGCGUUUACUGCAACAUUACACGCGCUUCAAGCGCGUGCAAAUCCCAAGCAAUGCACCAUGCAAACUGCACGUCACUACUCUCACCUACUCUUGAAACUAUACUUUUUUUUCUUAAAAAGAAAAUGAUGAAUAUAAUGUCAAGGAGUUUUUGAAUAACGUAACUAACAUAUUUUUUGGGCAAUUAAAUUUGGGAUCUCAAAAUGGAUGCAAUAAAGUGGUAAUUGAACUUCGUUUUGUGUAAUUUUCAUUCCAAAUGAUAUUUGUGAUUUUAAAUUGAACUCAACUGUGGCAGAUUUAUCACGCUUGCUUACACGCUUGCAGAACUCACUGAAAUUUUAGAAGUGAAGAAACAUCGGUUACAAUUUUCCCCAUGUAUCAAGCUUGGAGUCUGAUUUUGGCUUCUUGUGACUGUCAAUUUUUUCUGGUAGGCCAUAGUCAUACUAGAAACGUAGGAUUUGUUUUAGCGAAACUUAAUCGAAAGUCAAACAUCACUGGCGCAAUAAUGCCUCUCUCAUAUAUAGAAUGUAUAGACCCUCUUGGAAUGCAGAGCGGUGAUAUCAAAGACAGCCAAAUUACUGCGUCUUCAUACAGGUCAUCGGAAUUCCCAUAUUAUGCCAGGUUGCAUAACGGAAAGUAUUGGUGUGCCAAAGAUAAGAAAAGAGAUGGGUACUUACAGGUUGAUCUUGGACAGGUACGUUCAAUUUUUAAUUUAUCUGAUCAUGUAAUUUCUGUUCUAAAGGCUUUUCGAAAGACAUCACGUCACGUUCAAUGUAUCUUAUAUCGUGUAAAUCUUCCUCGUACAUUACCAUCCGAGUUCCUACCUCUAUUUGAAAGACAUCACGUCACGUUCAAUGUAUCUUAUAUCGUGUAAAUCUUCCUCGUACAUUACCAUCCGAGUUCCUACCUCUAUUUGAUAAUCUCUUACAAGAUUUUGUCUCCUUUUGUUUUGUUCUUAAAAUUGAUUUGGUUCUAGUUUAGUCAGGGGCAAAUAAAUAUAGCGGAACGUUGCGAAGUGCAUCCUUAAAAAAGGGAGGUUGAGAAAAGGAACGAGAGAAAACACUUGGGCUUCAUAGUAUCAAGCCUCAUUCUCGAUGUGUUUGACGCUGUAAGUGAUUUGAGUAAAGUUUAAACUCGGAAAAAACGUUAGUCUCAACGGAUUUUCUUCGUCUGCAUUACUGACUCCAAGUUACGGGAAAGUGCAGUCAAAUAUCAAUGUUCAGUAACUUUUGGCUUAUUUUUCAUAUUUUAGCUACGAACGGUGAACAAAAUCUUGAUACAGGGACGUGGAAACUGGUAUGACUGGGUGACUGGCUUCUUCUUGUACUACAGUGAUGAUGGUCAGCGGUGGAAAGGUUAUUCAGAGAGUGGAGACAAACAACACUCCAAUGUAUGGAAAAUAUUUUAAAUGGUGAUUUUAAAGGCCCCUUUACCCUUUACACCAUCAAGUUUUCAAGGAGUUUUACCGUAAUCUUAUAAAUGAUUCAAUAGGAAGUAAGGACGAUAUUCGCUCGUAUAGAAGAAUUGGUAAGAAAACAAGGAAAUUGUAAAUGAUUUAAUGAAGAGAAAUCCUAGCCCUGAAAUUUUCUUUCGAAAAUGUCAUUCACAAGUUCCACGGCAAUAGAAGGUAGCGCACAAGUGCUCCUUUUAAGGAAAGCUUUCUAGAGCCAUUGUGUGUAAAUAGACUAGAGAAGUUGUACGCUUGUGUCAAUAAGAGAGCAUCUUCCUCCGCCAUUUCUGUUUGUUAUCAUCUGAGUGCAACAUGCUCGUUGACUGAAACAAAACUUUUUCUUUGUCUUAAUUAGUCGCAUUGCUAUCAAGGAAAAUGCAGCGAAAUUCACGAAACUCAGUGCAAGGAUUUGUGGGGAGCCAGUACGUUGAAAUGAUUGUUUUUAUUAUUGCACUACUACUAUGUUUUACCACUUUACCAUCAUUCUACUAUAGGAAUGCACAAGAUGUGCAACGGCACUACGUACACUGUAGAAUAGGGUAAAAAUAUGGAUAGAAAGUGAAAAAAAAAGGCUGCACAGAACCAACCAAAAUGAGACAUUUUCUGUCGCCUUUUAACCUAGAAUUUUGAAUUAACAACGCGCCAUAUGUGAUCAAUAAGAUGCUUAGAUAAGGCCGCAGGCAUUCGAUGGUUGAACAUAAAUAUGAAUGGAAAUUUUGCUCAUUGUUCGCACAAUAGCCGCACAUCUUAUGUGUUAAACCAUCGAGUAAGAUUUAUUUGUCAUAUCUAUGCAAAAUUUGAUUCCCUUACAAUUAAAUGUAUCAGAUCAACAACUCAAAUUGAUAAUCCUGUAAACAGCUUCAUCUUUAAUUAUUCAGGUAGGCAUUUACGUGGUUUUUUAAUUUAAACUCAUGAAAAAAAAACAUUUAUCUUCUUAGAUCUGAGCUUCUAGCACUUCUAUCGUUUUCGCUUUUCUGUUAAUUUUCCAGCCGCCAAAAAUGCCGACGAAAGAUGUUAUAACAUACUGAACACUAAAGCGGAUGGAUAUGGUACAUGUGAUCCACUCAGAAAUGUAUCAUGCGCUGCGAGGUACAAGAUCAGAGUAUUAUGAAAAAAGAUCUGAUUUUAAAUCUUUCUUAGGAAUUAAGCCUUAAACGCUAACAUCAGUACGCUUAUUCUCUAUACCAUCCUCUAUACGUUUCCUGAGGGGCUGACAAGGAGAAUUCGUAUAACAAUCAAGACCUUCUUUAGUUGAUGAUCUUUCAUCUAUUCUCAUGACUUUAAUGUUUGAUUCAAGGUGAUAUUUUAUGGAUAAAUCAGAUGCUAAUCACCCGAAGGGAUCAAAGGUUUAAGGCCACAAUCAUUUAUCUUUAUUACAAAACAGUACCCACAAAAUUUGUGUUUCAAGACGUUUAUAAGGGCAGCUGUCCACUCAGGUUACUCAGGUUACUUAGGCUAUGAUAUUUUUUAUUAGCGACCGGAGACCGAAAGACUGAACAUUUAGCAAUAUAUACUAUAAAUGGUAAUGGUUAUAGAGAUGAAUGAAAGUGAAAUUACUAUACGUAUCAACAGCCUCCAAGGUAUUCUGUACGCGAACGCUGCAAAAUUCCUAAUAUCGACGUGCUUGUGUUUCUUUAAAUUUUAUCUUGAGGUAAAAAAAAAUGGUUUUGAAGCAACCACUGAUAUUUGAAAAUUAAAUGUACAUUUUGUAAACGUCAUUUAUCAGUUUUCCAUUUUUUAUUUUAUUUUAUCAGAAACGUGUUAUGCGGUCAACUGCAAUGUGAAGACAACAGAGAUAAACCUGUUAUGGACUACGGAUGGACUUACACUAAGAUCAGUAUGGAUAACGGAAAACAAUGCAGGUAUUACUUUCGCUCACUUUCCUGUUGCAGAAAAAAGCACCAGUAAGUAAACAUGUUCUUAAAGAUUAAACAACAAUCAACUGAUGCGUUUAUACUAAACUAAGAGAUCUUGAACGGUGUUCUAGGGAAAAACCAAGCCGUAAGAAUUAUCAAGGGAAAGCACUGUAUAAAGUAAGGGUGGUAAAUUAUCUAUCAAAAAGUAUCAAAAUUUUUCGUGGUUGGAGACACCACACCUAUAGGGUGUAGGGAAUAGGGUUUCAACUAUAAACCACUGCCGGAGUCUAUUUUUUGGCGGUUCCCUUUGCUUCCUUCCACCUUAUGUUCUCAUUAGCGAGCUUUUCUUUCACACAAGGCCUCUAGGACCACUUAAGACGGUAUCUACCUCUCUACCCCUGAGGGUUCCAUUCCAGGGCGGUACAGCACAGAUUCCCAUGAAAAUUAACCAACCUGACGCGUUCUUUUUUCCCACAGUGCUGCAACCUUGAAGUCCAUUGAUGACAUUGGUGAGGGAAUGGUCAGAGAAGGGACAAAAUGUGGAGAUGAUAAGGUGCCACUGUAAAACUUAGCCCCUCCGCUUACAGAGCGAUCCACCCAUUAAUAGUUUAUUAUUACAAUAUCACUACGUUGUCGGGUAGAAAAAAUGAUGAGAAGAUAGCGAAUUACUAGUAAGGGAGCACUGGUUACUUUAACACCCAGAUUCCUGAAAUUUUAAGAGCCUAAAUUGUUAGAAAUGUCUGGCAGAAAAUGCAUGGAAUGAUUUUGAAACUGCAGAUACUUGCGCGAGUUAUCUUUUAAGUGACACUUCAAGGGCCGUUUACGCCACAACUGAUACUUAAAAAAGAGGAAUUUUUUAUACGAAAGAAUUAUUGAAAAGAGAUCUAACCUAGUAAAUUAAACCUUGUUUUCCGAGUUUUGACGAGUCGAUGACGGCAAUAACUUUAACGCAUUUUGUUGCAGAUGUGUGUAGAUAACCAGUGUCAGACGUUUGAUUCCCUCAACGUCGGAAAGUGUCCAGUGAUGAACAACAAGGAGUGCGGAGGAAGAGGGGUAAGUCUAUGUUUUAGGGUGAAUUUUUCAAGUUCUUUGUUUGUAAUCCAUGUUGAUCCUCUAACUCGUCAGAAGACUGAGUAAUUAGGGUGCUGAAUUUGUAAUUUGGUGUUCCCGCGUGUGACUGAGUAAUUAGGGUGCUGAAUUUGUAAUUUGGUGUUCCCGCGUUCCAGCCUUUUAUCCUGAUACUCCCUUGAUUUGUUCUCGUUUGCCCAGGGUUCAAUCUUUGGCUUCACUUUGAAUAUAGCCAGCUGCUCUGCCCCUGCCAGUUGGGAUUUUAUGAAACGCUUUGUUCAUUCAUAUUGUUUGUUUGCAAUUUGUUUGUAUUGGCCCUGAAAACCUCCAUAGAGGGCGUGGUGAAUAAAGCAUCCAUACAUAUAUAUACAAAUCAUUAACUACAAUUGUCCCGGUAUAAUCAUUCUUGUCUCCUUUGAAUUUUUCUAUCCGAGUGAGUAAUUCUCUCAAAGGCAUUUUUAUUUGUAUAAAGUUGUUCUCCAAUUUUGUGACAUUUUGAGUAUUUGAGUAAUCUUGUUUGUAUAUCUUACACUUCCGCCCAAGUAUAAUCUAUGGCGCAACCAUGACUUUAGUAUUCUAUUGGCAUCCCCAAAGGUGACAACCAGCAAUAUUUUGAAGGUUCUACCCUCCUCGUCUUUGUAAUUUUCUCCCAUGUUCAAUUCAAUCUAUUCCUAGUUUGAAUAUAUUCAGAGAAAAGCCUUCAACGUUUCUUUUUGGGAAGGCAUUCAAUUAGUGCUUUGUUUGAGUUAGUUAGUCCUUAUUUAAUCUGCAUUGUUAUGGAUUGAUUUUAAAAAUGUUUUUAGAGCUUUAGAAUUGCGAUAAGAUAUAAUAAGGCGGCUGUUGAAUACAACGAGAAAAGUUUUUUGAAGAAAGCGUAUAAGUGCAUGGGACAUCCUCGAAAGGUAUUGGGGGGUAGUGUUCAGGUAACGGUUCCGGCUUGACCUCAGGAUUUUAGAGAAAUCUGAGAAAACGUCAUUGUGAGGACGAGGCAUCGCGUGUUGAUAAAUUAUGUUCUUUACUAAUUAAAGUUAAUUGAUUACCGGAUGCCCAAAUUACCGUUUUAAGUUAGUCGCAUGCAAUGUUUUCCAUUUUUUUUUUCGCCUACAUUUCUCUAAUUUAUGUAUUUGUGUAGAACCUCAGCUGCUCAAUGAAAAUUCCAAUCUCCUCUGCCACUUUUGUAAUGCUUUAAAAGAUCGCGUCUCAGUUUGUUUUAAAAACUGAUUGAUGAAUGCAGGCGUGUAAAUAAUCUUUACUUUCUAAUUAUAUUUACAACAAACUACAGAAAACCUCGAUAUACAAACAACUAAGCAAGGCAUCGCGAUCUUUUUUUUUUUUUUAAUGUUUUCUCGUAUACGCAUCAACGAAUAUUUCUGCAAACUUACACGACAUUUUUAAAGUUUUUUUUUUAAGUUUAAAAGACAUUUACCUGCUGAAAUUAUAAAGGUUCACAAUAAGAAGAUGAAGAACGCUAGGGUAAUUAAAUUUGAUUACACGAAUUUAAUCACCAGCUCUGAUUUAAUAUUCAUUGUUUGGUUCACUAUCGGAUUUGACAAAGCUUCUUCUUAUCGGGGAGUAAAAUCGAAGAGUUUACCGCACUAGCUAAAUUAAAGAACCCAAUAUUGAAUAACUCGAGGACUAACUAACUCGGUAUAAAACAUAGCGCUUCUCUGACUGUCUGCUUUACUGCUUGUCUUACUUCUCUAAUCUUCCAGCAGUAAAGGAACGAGUUUAAUGUUAAGUUAAAGGACACUAAAAUUGGUGCUAUACCCCAAGUGAAGAUGAAAUGUGAUGAAUUGGUUUUCCUUAAACUUAGCACAAUAACCAGUGUACCAUAUGGUAAAUAACAAACAACUAACGCUAAUUGCACCCACAAUGCACUGUACACUGCCUUCCUGUAUCGCGCCAUGUUCAGUGUAUUUGUUUGGCUCGGCUGUUGCAGAAUACGUUCUUGAAUUUGGGCGCUAUGGUGACGGAGACUCCGGAAAAUCUUUGCGUGCGAAACCAUUGAGAUUAUCAGGCAAAUUGUCGUAUUGACACAGUCAAACUAAAACGUUACAGUGUAAUAAAAAAGACUGGCUAUGACGAUACAUGAUGGCUAUGAUGGCUAUGACGAUAUAAAUGCGCCUUAAAAUCACGACUUGUCUAUACCUCAGUCGCAACAGCAAGGCGAGAAGUCUGUCCACGCUUAUAGCUGUCAUCGUCAUUAAGGAUACCGAGCAUAAGAUAUAGCCAGUUAAAUAACAUGCAGAAAAUGUGUAUCGGCAAAUUCUCCAUUUCUCACGAAGCGUGGACAUCCAAUGAGUAGCACUAAGGGGAUGACUAAAAGACCGACCAACAGAUCGGUUGUUGCCAGACAACGAUAGAACAGUUUGGAAGGUGGAUGCAGGGAAGAUUCCUUAUGUAGGGCAACAAGAAUGAGAAAAUUCCCAAAAAAUGCCGUGAAGGAGAGAAGAAUGUUAAGUGCUGAUAAAGAAGUUGAAAGCUGUUGUAACCUACCAUACAAUGAAGCAGAACAUAUCAGAUCUUCAAAUGCUUUUGUCUGUGUUACACCUAUUGUCAAAUUUGUUGCAGCCAUCAUUUCGCCUUCAAAAGCGAGAAACAGUUUUUCCUAACAAUAUCCUCCCAUUUGCGAUCCCUUUAAAGUCACGUCCUUUAUGAGAUUUGCAUAAAGACUUCCCGCCGAGUCAGGUGUCACAAACAUGUUUAUUUAUUUUUUAUUUUGUCUAAGUGGUGUUCCUAGGCUUAGUUUGAUGGUUUAUCUAUCCGAUAAAGGGAAGAAUCUAGGCCUUUCCCGAUUAUGCUACUAAAAUUGGCAUUUUAUGCUCCUAGAAAUUCCACUUUACGCCAAAAAAAAUGCUCAAAUUAUGCUCGAUUCUCAAAAUAAUGCUACUUUGGUUUCAGAAAAUGCUUUGUUUAAUUUCAAGCAAAACGUAGAAACUCAGGCAGUACUCAACUCAGUGUGUAUCAGCAACUGUUUAAAGUGAAAAGUGUUAAGUUGUUUGUUUAUAAAACUCCUGAUACAGUCAAAACUUGUCCAAUGAUAAAACAGAUAAUUAACGUUCGAAGUCGACCGUCGAAGUCCGACCGCGGACAGCGGACCGCCGAGGGAGCAAAUCACUGAAUGAAACAGCAAGGAUCGAAAUGCACCGAUCAGAGUUGUUGAAAAACAACUAGUCACAGCAGAGCAUCAUGCUUAUAGGAUCACGCAUGAAACAAAAACAAACAAACAAACAAACGCACAAACACAAACGCGCACACGAUAAAUUCAAUCAAGUGUACAAAUUCAGUACCACUAAAAAGUAAAAGCGCUAUUUCUUACCCCAAGUGCUGUGUAGAAAUGCCUUUUUUUCUGCAGAAUUUUCAUGUCGUGUUUGAUGUGUAUUCAUUAUUUCUUUAGGUUUGCACAAACAAAAAGGUGUGUCAUUGUGAGGGAGGAUUUGAUUCGAAGGACGGUUGUGCAUCAGGUAAAAGGUUAUAACUAGUUUCGAAUGACAAAAUUGGAAAGUUUAGGUUAGGUUUUCCACUCAUGAUGAACAAAGUUUAAUGAAACUAUCAGUCGGUUUGCCGUUUCAGAAGUAAUUUAUAACUCAUGUAACAGAUUCAUUUCUUAUUCUGUUUUGCUGAAUUAAGCAUAUUCCAAGGAUUCCCGAUGAUAAUAACAAGAGUAUGUUUUUGUAUUCUUCCAAAUUUUCCACAAUCGAUAGUUUUUAAAAAUGCCUUGAAAGAUGGCACAAAAUAAAACAAAAUUUGGUUGACAAUUGAUCGCUUUGUGCUAAGGUUUUGUUUAUCACAGUCUCACUUGUAAUGCUUGCAUUUAUUAAACUGUUUCAUUCCAGCUCUGGUGCCUCGAGAUGGAGCGUGGGGCGAUUGGUCCUCAUGGACUGUUUGUGACAAGGGCUGUAAUGGUGGAAAAAGAAAAAGACAUCGCUUCUGUGACAAUCCAUUUCCUCUACAUGGAGGGGCUUACUGCUCUGAACAACGACACGAGACAGAGGAUUGCAAUACUCAGAGUUGUCCAAGUGAAUUUAAAUCUACUUUUAAAACUUUCUGUUAUUUCCUUUUUUCUGUUCUUUGAUUUAACUAGUCCUCUCAUAUAUGAACUGCAAAAGAGCAAUUACUCUGUGAGGCUAGAAAAAUAUUCUUAAAACCUGUGUCGCAAUUUUUUAGUGUGGUUCUUAUUGCAUUUUACAAGAGAAAUGGAAUAGUAAAUUUUCUUAUGUAAAAUGUUAGUGCUACAAAGGGGAAUGCGCCGAAAUAGAAAGGGGAAAUCACGGGAACAAGUCUGUUCAUGUGCAAAUUCCUAAUCCUUUUCACAUGUAUCGUAUUAUGCCUUUUCUAAGACAGAGAGUAAAAAUGAUCGGCUCAACAAGUUGUGAAAGAUCCUGACCUUUUGGAGUUCAAUUGGCUCAAACUCUUCACUUUUUGCUUUUAGAUUAAAAGAGAUCUGACUUAUUGGUGCCAAUCCAUUUACCGAUUUUACUGGUACUUUUAUGGAAUCUGGAAUUUUGUGUCUGAAUUAGUAGAGAGAUCAAUAAAAGAACAUGUAAGAUAAUUCUCGUUUUAUACGAGUCGUUCAGAUAAUUAUUCUUUUAUUAGCAGCGGUUACAUCACCACCAACAUCAUCGCACGUCUCCCCGUGUUUUCAUUCCAAUGGAAAAAUAUAGCAAAAACUUUACUAAUGGCAAAAUAAUACUUAUUGUAAAUUUUUGUAUUUGCUACUCAGAGGUGAUAUCAUGCCGUCACCUACUACAAGUUGGCGAAGAAACGAAUCACAAUUAUCCUGAUGCCGUCUACAAGAUUUACCCCAUAGGUUCCCAGCCAAUCAUGGCAUACUGUGAUAUGUCGCGUGACGGUGGAGGAUGGACACUAUUGGUUACCAGUCAUACUAACAGCUGGACGGCACAGAAUGUGAAAUUACGAAACGCGAACUCUCCGAAGUUGACUGAUGAUUACUCCAUCCUGCAGUAUGCAGACAGUAUUAAAGAUAAUAUCAAAGUAGCUGGCUCUACGUUUGAAUAUCGAUUAGAAGCUCAGAGCCGAGGUAAUUCAUUAUACUCAAGGAACCUUGUUCCCUUUCAAACGGGCAGGGCAGGGGUUGGCUAGCACGGCGAGUUUCCGUAGCCGCAAUAACAAAGUGUGGUCAACAUGAAAGUCAGAAGUCGUGUUUUUUCUAACAAAUCGCCAAGUAAUGAUUUCAAUAAAAACAUUGCAGGGGAAUAUUCUAACAAAGAGAAAACAAUUGCACGAAAUGCAAUUGCUUAUUAACCUUUUUUUUUAAGCUAAACAUUGAGGAACACAAUUCUUGUCGUGAUCACCAACAUGGAGGAUACUAUGUCUCCAAAAUUUUCAUCACUUACACUAAAUUUCUUUUUCCAAAAAGGGUAAAAGACUUAAACGAACUAAAAGGGGCUUCAUCCGCCCCUUCCCACUUUCCCUUCAUUUGUUGGUUACAAAGCCUAUACGUCGUAAAAUGUAAGGGCAAAUCUCACAUCACUUGACACCGUAGUGGCUCUUCGUACCCUUUUACAGUUAACACGUUUAUUUGUGUUUCGGUGGAGUUUUAUGCACGAGGACACUUAGAGACCAUUAAACAGAAUGUGAAUCUAAAUCAUGGUCAACCCUGGAAUGAAUCUGAAGAAAGAUGCUUUAUUUUUCAGGUCGCUGGGGAGGUAUCUGGAAGGCACCCAGAGGUUUUACGUUCACAGCUGACAACAACAAACAAACGGAUAUUGAGCUGGUCAAGAAAUUUGACAAUUGGAAAUAUUCAGACAAUGGAAUUGAACAAAGAAUGCCAUGGAUUUCUGAUGCCAGGUUAACUACAUCCCAUGAUGCUCAGCGAAAUUGGUGGGGUACAAUAACAGGUAAAUAGGCUUUACUAUUAUAGAAUAAACAAGCAAUAAACUUCCCACGCACUCUUUAAGAAAUACCGAAGGCGAAGAAAAUAAAUUUUCUUUCAUUUAAUUCUGAUUUUCGAGAUAAUCAUUGAUGUGUCAAGGAAAGUCUGAUGAAAUAUGUAUUUAUCCUUUUACAUUUAGUCUUCCUGUCAGUCGUCUAAGUUAUUUUUUAUGGCUUGAAAAUUCUAAUAACAUUUAUUUUACAAUUUUUCGAAGGAAAACAUUCCGACAACCAAUGUUUUUGUAACAAAGUUUUUAACGAAAGUUUCCCACGUUUUACUUCGGGCAAAAUCACCUGAAGCGAAGUGCAGCGUUAAUCUUGAGGAAAAAGGAACAGAUAAAAUGUAUGCUUUCUCAUCGGAUCCUUCCAAAAGAUUUAUUUCGGAUAAUGAUUUGAUAGUUGAUAUAUUUUUGUAGCGGACGAUAUGGAAUACCACCCCGCUCCAUGGAUCAACGGUCACCUGAAGGAGCGUCAGCCAUCAUAUAUCUGGUACUGGAUGAGAGAGGGACCUCUUGAAACUCCUAGCUCAUGUAAAGAAGUAUACUUCAGAGGGCUCCUGACAAACCCUGUGUCAAGUAAGUCUGGUUAUGGUUUACGAGGCUGAGUUGUUUAAUCCAAUAACUCAAAAUUAUUGGAAUAGUUCUUUGUUCAAUGUCAGAAGAAAUGUUUGAUUACAUUGGUUGUGCUUUAAUUUAGCCACAAUGGCUAUGAUGAGUUGUGAUCACCUAAAUUUGUCUUCGAGCUAUGAAAAAGCCACAACAGUAUUUUGGUCGAAAAAUUUGAUUUCGAUAAAAAUGUUUAUCGCCACUAAUUUUUGUCGGUUGCCUGCUAGUUAUGGUGCCCCCACGUCCAGCCUACCUCCCUUAUAUCCCCUUUCAACGAUUCUUCUCCAAGUUUCCCUAAGACAGCUUUUCUUUCGUCGUUCGUCGGGAAUCCAUCGUAGGGCGACCUUAGGCAGGGCUGAGGGUGGCAUUCGAAGCGCGUGGCUGAUUAGUUUUCCCAAAGUUAAGUGUAACCGUGAAUUUUGUUUCUUUCUUUCUUUUUCAGAUGGAGUUUUCGCGAUCAAACCUCCUGGACAGCAUGAAGUUAAAACGUAUUGCGACUUUGCGACUGAGGGAGGGCCCUGGACGCUACUCGUGACGAGUAAGACCCACAGUGGGUGGGACAAAGACAGCAUCAAAGAAAGAAACUCAAAAAAACCUUCUUUACAGGAUGACUAUUCCAUACUGGGGCUUGCAGACGCCAUAAAGGACUUUGACAAAGCUCAGGUGAAUCCAUCGCAAUGAGAUGAGUUUGACUUCUUAAGGAUCGAGGGUUGAUUUUCGAGGACACGCUCAGUAUAUUUGUCGAAGGAAAAUAAAUGAUGAUGUUUCCUUACAAAUUGGUGCCCAUACGAAAUCAUCCGACUGCUUUCCCCUUCGUGGGCCAAUGUCCCUUUUGAGUUGAUAUAUGGAUUUUAAAGACGUUGAUAUUUUCCAUGGAGACGCGAUCAAAGAACAGUUGUAGAGUGAUUGUUGGAAGUAACCCAGGAUUGCACUAUAGAGCAAUUUUCAAAUAUUUAUCGCAAGAAAUCCUUGAUUGCUUUAUGAUUUGGUUCUAUCAACUGAGUCAAUAAAACCAAAUUAUCUUGUUAUACUCCCCAACAGACGUAGCACCACUUUUUCUCAAGAAACGUACCCCCUUCAUUGAUGAUCGCUUUAGCUUUGCCCCAGUCACUCGCGUUUUCCGCCAAAUUGAUGCCCAUACGAAAUCAUCCAACAGCUUUUACCCCCUUUAUUCAUGAUUGUUUUAGCUUUGCCUUAGUCACUCACGUUUUACACCAUAUUUUGAUCAUGGAAAUGCAAUAUUUUCGAUUGACACUUAUGUUUGUUCUGCCUUGUCUUCAAGCAGGAAUUCUUUCAAUACCGAAUUGAGGCAGACGGCAACAACCGCUGGGGAGGGAUCUGGGAAGCACCACGUGACUAUACAUUCCUAUCUACGUGUGACAAACAAACCAAAGUAAAAAUCGUGAAGAAAUUCGACUCGUGGGAUGAGAACAGCAACUUGGGAAAGCGCAUGCCCAGACUGGGAUUAUCUAACGAUCUUUUAUUAAGCAGUGCAUCAACUGUGGAUUACUCAUCAGGGUCCUUGGCAUAUAACAGUGGCGCUAGCUCCGCCUCGUAUCUGGAGCAAGAGAAGCCAAAACCGAAUGUCGUUCGAUACUGGAUGAGAGAGGGUGCUAGGUGAACUUCAGAUUUUUUUUUACGUCCAGAUAGUCAUUUGCAGAUUAUUUUGAGUAGCAUAUGUCUUAAGUUAAGGCUGUGGCCGUGUUGUAAACGUACACUCUUUUUUGCCAGUCAUUCAAUGACAAGGAGAAAUUCGAAUUUUCAACAUUAUCAAGGACAGAUAUAAGUAUCACGUUAUAUUCACUGAUCAGUAUAAGAGUUAUAUUGGUAGAUCUCUUCCUUACAAAGUUUUCCUUGUUGAAAAAGACUUUUGCCAUAAAAUUAGAUAUUUAUAUGUAAUUUCCCUAAUUUCUCUGGAAGAAUAGCAAACCAUUGCUUUGUGAAACAAGUAGUUGUUCAGCAUUCACAAAAACGUUUGUAUCUUGAUGAAACACCAAAUUAUCGUGGGCGUAGAUUUACCUUUGCAACGAUGACCUUUAAAAAAAUUGAUUGCCCUCGUUAAAAGUGCACGAGUUGUGCACCUUUAAGUUUUUCACCUUUGAUUCUUUCACUUCUAUAAUUUAGACUCGUUCCUCUUUCAACAGGCUAUCUUGUAACGAUUUGAAAUUACAUGGAGUGAGAGCUGGUAUCAAGUAUGACGAUAGUUUUCAACUGUUAAAAACCAGUGAUACCCAGUACCUCCCGGUCUACUGUGAUAUGACAACAGCAAAAGGAGCUUUCACUCUUAUUGUGACGAGUGCUCACAAUAGCUGGACUCGAGCACAGGUCCCUCACAGGUAGUAAUGGAUAACAUUUGCCCCUCCUCAACCAAUGAGAUGAAAGGCUAAAGCCAAAAGUGACUUGGUCAAUGCUCUUCGAUCGCAAAAAGAUGAAAUAAUGACAAGAAGACUGAUAACAAUAAUUAUACAAUAAUGUUGGUAAUGGUAUUAAUAAUACUAAUGACAAAAAAAUGAAAAUUAUGAUUACAAUGGCAAGACAUUUUUUGUUUAGUUUUCAAACUAUUUACAUAAUAAAUAUCAACGAUUGCGUUUUUAUGCUGUGUCCAGUCCUGAAAAAAAUAUGUUUUAAAAUAUGUUUAGCCGGGUUUGUGCAAGGACGUUACCUUAUGGAGAAAGUAAAGUUAUGUGAAUAGUUAUUAAAGCGAUCACGGUUUGUUGAUAGAUAUUUCUGUCAUUUCUAGAAAUGCCCUUCAUCCAGGACUGAAUCGAGACUACUCCAUCCUAGACUUAGCAGACAGUAUUAAAAGCCUGAACAACAAUGGAACAUUCCAGUACAUGCUGGAUGCUCAUUCUAGACGCCAUUGGGGAGGGAUUUUUGAAGCUCCUACAUCUUACAGGUGGGAAAACAGGAAAGAGAAUGAUGAUUCUUAUUCUAAGACAAAGGUCAUAACUUUAUUCCAUCCGCAGUAUACAAGAUCAGUGGUUAAAGUAAACUAGCUAAUAACUGUAUGUAGCAAGAAACGAGGUGCACUUUUUGUAGAUGCAUAAUUUGAAUAAGGCUUUCUUUUCUCCCGAUAAAAUGAGGGUACGUCUUGAAAAAUGGAUGUUUUAAAAUCGUUCUUUACAUUAUUCGAAAUAACUCACUUGUUGAUAGCUUUACUCUACCAUUGGUGGUGACUGUAAAACUUUAUUCAAAUAUUUUAAAAAUUCACAUUACUUCACAUCCAGGAUGACCCAACGUAUUCUACAGCAAGUUUAUAUAUGAUAGUCAUGAUUGUUAAGCUCUAUCACUCGCGACGGCUGCAGCAACGUUCUGCUUGAAAAAAAGGUGCUGCAUUAAACAAAAUAAUGUAUAGUGUACAAUAUACGAGUACCGUAGGCGGGAUACAUCUGGUUAUUGUGGCUUAUGAUAGCGUCGUUGGACAGCCUUCAGGCGGAGUUACAAAGUGAAAUCAACUGAUUCAUUUGUUCGGUUAUUCAUUAAUCUGUUACGUGAUUCGUAAAGAGCCUUUAAUGGUUUAAUUAAUUGAUCUCUGAACUCUCUUACUCGACCACUCACUCACGUGCCCGUACGUACGCGAACGCUUGAACGCACGCAUACACCCACCCACCCGUUAGCUCGCUCAUUCACUCACACACUAACUAGUUCGAUUCUUCUGUGCUUAUUGAAGCUUCAUGGCAUCGGAUAAUUCGCAAACCAACGUCGAAUUAACGAGGAAAUUUGACGAUUGGAAGUUUUCCUGGUGGAAGUCGUUAAACAAGAGAAUGCCGUGGUUUGACGCCAAAGGAACUGAGAAAAAGGCUCUGCUGACCACAUCCAGCAGCACGACCUACUACCCGUCGGGUUCGAUCAUUUGGGGAGGCUCGGACCGGUAUCCGUCCGAUUGGAUCGGGUAUGGGGGAAUGCAAAAUCCAGGAGUGAUCUGGUACUGGUUAAAUGAGGAUGAUUGUGACGAGGAGAGAAAACCAGGUAUUGACGUAAACGCAGGGAAUUAUCCUAAAUUUGAUUACAACAAACUGGGUCAGUUCGGUAUGAACAAUCACUACUCCACACUGUUUCUACAUUUUACAAUUUUGUUUUGCUUAUGUGGUUCUGCUUGGGUUCUUAGAUCUCCCCUUUUGUGACCGGCUCACCAGCUGGCCCGAAUAGCGAGGCGAAUUUUUUCUUCUGUUGUUAUGGGAAAUGUCAGCUAGGUGUAGCAAGAGGCAAUUUUACCCCAGUCACAGGUCGUAUGAGGAAUUUCAGCCCGCAAUCGAUAGCCAAGAUUAACAAGGCGAGACCCUCUAUAGCAAGCGGGGUUAAGUAUUUCCUAAUGGUGACAAUGUAAGCCCAUUUAUAGAGACCUUGGAAUCAAAAACCGAGAUCACGACAUCCGGGCUUUGCUUGCUCUCAUAAAAAACACUAAGCAAAUUUUUGAACGGAAACAAUGUUGAAUCUAGAUCUUAAACACCGAGCCCGCGAAAUGCAGGCGAGAAAUUUUCCAUACAAACACUUUAGCCUGAUUAACUAGAUAAGUGAAUAGGAUUGCGCCUAACUAGUCUUAAGGUAUUGGUAAGCCUUUUUUAUCCUUUUAGAGUCAUGCGCUAAUUACAAAUGCAAUAGUAAUCCUCGUGAAAUAAGUUUUUGGAUUUCUCAAGAUCUUAAUUUUGUUUGAAAAAUUUUCUUCUAUCCCGUUGUAUUUGUUGAACAUUUGUAUUGGUAUUCAGUGGAUGGCGGACUAACCGAGUGGGGUGAAUGGGGAAACUGUGACAAAUUGUGCGAGCCUGGUAAGCAGCGAAGGUACAGAACAUGUACAAACCCCAAACGACGUUGCGGUGGAAAACUGUGUGAUCCAAACAUUCAGACAAAGCAUGAAAGAGACUGCAUGUCUUGCCCUGGUAAGUUAUUAUACCUGAUUAUACCUGAUAGCAUAUUGACCAAGCUAGGCACAUCGAAGUGACGAUUUGAUGUAUUUCUUUAGAGAGCGGAAUACGAAGUUACGGUGACUUCUGUGUGGCCCCAAAUAAAGGAGGUUGUUCCCCUCCUGACGGCAGUUAUCUCAUCUUCACCAAAAAGGAAGGCACGGCUUGUAAUGCAACCGAUCAGAUUUUUGUUCUCGACCAGGAUGGAGUUAUUUAUCAUAAGUGCAGCAAGAGGGAAGUUUGUCCACAAGGUAAUAGUUUUCUUGUUUUACACUUUCUACACUUUGUUGUUUUUGGUAUAAUUUAUGAACGGUAUCUGAAUUCUUAUUGACUACUUUCGUUGUUUUUGUUUCUGUUUUUUAAGGGCUAUGAUUAACAGCAAAAUUUCAGCAGUGAACCCUAACAUUUUCUUAGUAAACACCAACAUUCCGAAGGUGUUAUUCCCCUUUCCAGCCUUGACCCAUUAAAAUUCUCCUUCUUCGAGGAUAGAUCACUUUGCCCGUGUACCAACAUUUCUAGGGAAUGAAAUAUUAAAAUUGCCAGUGGAAAAAACUCUUUUGUCGAAGAUGGUUUGUCUCGAUGGAAACUUCUUGGAAAAAUUUGAACCCAGAUUUGUAAGUUCGUCACACACAAUCCGUUGUUUGAGACUCGAACUUUGUUUGUCUGUUUUUCCCUCUUAUUUUUGGCAGACAAUAACCCUACUUAUGGAAAGAAACUUAUGUUAAAGGAUAAAUGCGAUCUGAGCAUUUCAAGGCAUGUCAGGUAUGUUGUAGAUGCAAAGGUUGUUACCUAAUGACAUAAUUUUUGCCUUAUAUUUAUCCUAAUUCAUACAAUUCCUCUCGUGAUAAUUCAUAUGGCAACUUUUGCCUAAUGUUUAAAGCUAAUUCAUACUAUCCCUCUCAUGAUAAUUCACAUGACAACUUUUGCCUCAUAUUUUAACCUAAUUCAUACUAUUUCUGUCGUGAUAAUUCACACGACAACUUUUGCCUCAUAUUUUAACCUAAUUCAUAUAAUUCCAUUCGUGCUAAUUCUUUCUCUUCCAAUUACACCAUUUAUCAACGCCUUGAGUCAUCUGCUUUCCAAUAUGUAUCAGGAAGUUGCACGUUUCUCUUUAAAACCUAAAUAGCAUUCCAAGCAUUUUCACACCGACAACACCAAAUUCUUUACGGGUCUUUUCCUACACAAGACAAAAACACCUUUGUGUUCAUGACUUCCUUUGUGCGGUUAAUAUCUCGUGGUGAAAAAAUCGGUUUUAUUAAUUGAUAUUCCAGUUAAAGUAUAUCUCUUUUCGUGGAGAAUAAUGGUUUACUCCUACAUAGUAUUUUGAUCACUUCAGGUUGCCGACACACAAUAACCUGAAGAAUUUGAAGAACAAUUUCUGUGUUCAUCCAAACGGUGGAUGGCCUGGGGAGGGAGUGCAGUUGGUGUACUGGCCAGGGUGUGGCGAAGAAAGAUUGAAGCUCAACUUCUUUGAACUUGGUAAGACAAAUUUCAGUGACCCCUGA